UACGUUUACGAGGUAUUAUGACCAGCGAUAGCAUCGCGACUGUAUCACGGCCUUUUUGCAACUGCAUCGCUGCAAAAAUCGCCGUGUGCGACCUCCUUAGUUGCUUGCGUUGUAGUCCUUUAGUAGUUACGUUUUUUUAGCUAAUUUGAGUGUACCCAAAGCCAAAACAAACGUUAAAGUGAAACGUGACAAUAUCUAUAAAAGCAAAGUUAGUAAGUGAUGUUUAAACGAUAAAGUGUAGUAGUGAAAAAUGAGCAAAAACAAAAGAUGGUGUCCAACGUGUCACUGAGGCUAGGGUUGGAGCUGGGCGCGCGCAACUCGUCGCUGCUGGGCGUGCUGGACGUGCUGGACGGGCAGCUGGAUGAGCUAGACAUAUUGUUCCGGCCGGAGCCGGUGCUGAUCGCGCUCUACGUUCCUGUCAUAUUACUGUCACUCGCCGCUAAUGUACUGCUCAUCGUUGUCGCCGUGAAGUGCAACUACACAAAAAACGUAACGAACAUCUUCCUGGUGAACCUGUCGACGGCGGACCUGCUGGUCACGGGCGUCUGCAUGCCGCUGCAGCUCAGCAAGGCCGUGACGCUGGUCUGGUUCUACGGCGAGACCGUCUGCAAGAUCGUCAACUACAUGCAAGGUGUAGCUGUAGCAGCAAGUGUAUUCACAAUCGCGGCGAUGUCAGUCGACCGAUGGCUGUCCAUAUCACCAGAGCCGCGCCUGCGGCCCCCGAGCCGGCGGCAAGCGGUCCUGCUGCUGCUACUGCUGUGGUGUGCCGCCAUGCUCAUCUUCAUUCCACUGCUCAAGGUGGCCACUGUUCAAAGGGAAGCCGUACCUGUUAUCUCUAAAGGGCUUUUAAAUAUUUCGAUAGUUUCGAGAGACGUCCACUUCUGCACGGAGGAGUGGGGGGAGCUGGACACGCGGAAACAGUUCGGCAUGUUCAGCUUCACACUCGUGUACGCUAUUCCUGGUUCAAUAACGAUAUUGUCGUACGCGUUCAUGGGCCGGACGCUGUGCUCCGUGAAGCCGCCGUUUGACAUUGACGAGGGAAAUGUCAGUAUGCAACAGGGCCUAAGGCUAAUGAAAGAGAGGAAGAGAGUGGCGUGGAUACUACUGCUUCUCGCCGUCCUUUUCGCUCUUUGCUGGCUCCCAUACAACAUCAUGCAGUUGCUGCUAGAUAUGUACGUGGUCAACGCCAAGGACCUGAGCAUCUUCCUGCCUUACGCUUUACUAUUAGGACACGCGAAUUCCGCGAUCAACCCCAUAGUGUACUGUAUGAUGACAAGAAACUUCCAGCGGUCAGCGAGGAAGCUGCUGUGCGGCAGGAGCGUCUGCCAGCAAACUAAAUUUACGUGGCGCUGCACGCAGAAGCCCGAGGGCUCGUCCAGUGAUUACGACCUCUAUCACGAGCCCCACAAACGGUGCUACCUUCAGAUGAACGCACUCCGGCACAACGGGCACUUCGCGCACGCGCACGGGCUGGACGCACGCACGCAACUCUCGCACGUGACGCGCUCCUCGCGCCGCGCCGCGCCGCACGCGCUCUCCGCCGAGAUGCUGCAGCGCCACGCGAAACUCGACCUUAAGCGCUGACAACUAAUGUACAACUAAGGCUCGGUUCGCACGUGGCACGCCGCGCAUGCUGUUCGCCGAGAUGCUGCAACGGCAUCACGCAUGGCUGGGGGCCUAGCCAAAAUGACAAUCGUGCAUCAACAAACGCCGAUCAAAAAGAGAAAAAUCUAUAUGACAGAUGCAUUUCACUUUCUAUUAGCGUUUCCUAUCAAUGAUAUUCACCUAACUUAAGCUGCAUCCAUACAAACGUAAUACAGCACGGUUCCCUUCGCAGACGGCAUCGGCAGUACAUCCCUUGCGUUGCCUAGGGACGUUCGUUCCUAACGAAUGCGUACGCGGAGACGGACACGUGCUGCGUGCUGCGUAGUGCGUAUUUAUCCCGUAUGACCUGGGCCCUUGCACAAAACACAGUAUCGACUCAAUUCGAACAAUGCUUAUAAAAUGUCACAGCGAUACGAAACCGACCUGUCAGUGUCAAGUGACAUUUCUUUAACCAAAAACGUCACUUUUGACACUGAAGGUUCCCGGAAGGUAUUUGCAGAACUGAUUAACGUGAAACCUAGUGACCGGGAGCUUUCAUCCCUUACGCAGUGUCUUACGUGAGCGAAUACCUUGCGACGCGACGCGGCGUGGCGCGGCGGCCCAACGGCACAACGAGAUCGCCCACGUAGGACACUUCCAUAGGUAUCAAAGGAUUGAAUUCACCCGCGCCGCGCCGC